UGCUUGAUGCCACCGACCGUAAAUUCCGUAACGGAAUGUUCGGAAAAUCUACCGACAUUAAUACGAUUCUACGACGUCAUGGCCAAAUGCAUUCGAUUGGUCCAGACGCACGACGACGAACUGAAUAUGCUCCUGUUGGGCGUGAUUCAAUCGUCCAUAGUCCGAUGCCAAUCGGUACCGGAAAACUCUGUCAGUUUACGCUGCUGCCAUGAAGCUAUAGAAAUGAGUGGUUUACCGAAAACUCUAAUGGAGCUCAUCGAUAAUGUCCCGAAUCAGACGUUUUUCAGCGAUCUGCUAAAACUGUCAUUUAACCUCGCAGUUGUAUCUGAUCGAUCGGCGCUACAGAUGAUGCAAUCGGACGGUGUUAAUGUACUGGUGGCUGCGUUAAAACCAAAUUUCCUUUUGUUUUCCUCAAAUUCCAACGAACGUUUGACUGUCUGCGAAUUUGUGGUUUUGCUGUUGAAUCGGAUGUUUUCUCUGAAGCGCGUGGCCUCUUCGACUACUCUCGAGCUGCCGCGAAUCACUCGCAAUACACUUGAGAUUAUAUUUGAUAAUAUACAAAUCGAAACGGAAAAAAACGUUAUCAGAAGUAUGAAAAAGAGAAAUGAGUUUUGCUACUUACUCGCCGAAAUCGUAGAUAAUUGCUCUUUUGAGGAACAAGCAUUUUCCAACGAGAUGAUAAAAGACAUGGUUAUGCUUUGCGUUUGGCCAGAAAUCAUACAUAUUUCACAUUGGUUAGAUAACGUAAAAUUCGAUUCAGUGGAUGAAAACAUAAUAUUCAAAAGCAUUAUGUUAGAUAUUAUAAAUAAAGUGUUCAUAAGUUUAUCGCAAAAUCCCGAGUUUCAACUAUUGAAUACCUUUUUGAUCCAAGCAUUUAUGUCGUUAAUAAAUUUCGAGUAUUCAAAAACAAUGUAUGGCGACAAUGUGUAUACGGUUUUAAAUCGAUUUUUAUUAAAUUUGCCUUAUAUACUGUUGAAUUCUACAGACUGUUCAGUAAGAAAUGAUUGCUGCACCGAAAUAAUUGCUUUAAUUAAAUUAUUGCGAUCUCAAGAAUGUUUUUCACGCACAAUGAUUGAUGUUAUAAUUUGCAUAGGAAUUGUUUCAAAUGAUAAUUACGAUUUACUUCGAAAGUUUAAGGCUCUUAAGGCAGAUAUUUUGAUUAAUGCGGUGAUAUCGGAUACACUGAAACGAAAAGACUACGAUUGUUUUCAAGAUAUUAGCUUGUACGGAUUAAAUGCGUUGAAUAUAUUUUUCCGAGAAAAUCAACACAAUCCUGAAGCUCAGUUGAUGGUUUUUAACACUGUAAUACGAAUGGUUAAAUUGUAUUUGGUCGAAAUCGACAGCAAAAUCAACCAAAACCUUAUUUUGGAUCUGUUACAUUUCAUUAAAAAUGCAAUAAUUCGAUAUAGUGAUCAAGUAGAGCAUUUCAUCGGUGCCGGAGGAGUCGAACAAUUAUUGGACGUUUUACGUUCUGCAAAAUAUCCAAUACAGUUGGUGAUACUGACGACACUCGUCGAUUUAGCCGUGUACAGAUCGGCAAAAAAUCGUAUUAAAAAAUGGAAGUGCGCCAGUACCAACGAGGGCUAUCUGGAAUUAUUAUGUGAAAUUUGGAGAUACGAACAAGUUAGAUUCGAUUUCAUAGACGACGAGUUCGUGUUCCGCGAGCAACGCGACAAGACCGCGGCGGGAAAUCUCGCGGACGACUGCAGCCCGGCGGUGGAGUCGAUGUUCAUGUGCGCCCAGCCCAAGAUCUAUCUGCUGCUGCAGUUGGUCGAGUUCCCCGACGACGACGACGACGACCGCGGUUGCGCGCGCGAGGACGACGUAAGGGAGAGCACGAUCAGGGCGUGCGGCCUCGUGUCCGCGUUCCGGGACAAGGCCACCGUCGCGCACAUCCAUCACUAUUAUUCGCUGAAGCUGGGCGAGGUGUGGCACGAGAACGGUUUGCUGCCCGACCCGGUGUCGGCCGUCGAGUCGCAGUCGAUCGACGCGAUGACCGUGCGACACGCGUACCUGAUGGCGUUGAUCCGAAUGAUCAAACGCGAGGUGACCAACGUUCACGUGGACGACUCGGAAAUCAAGAUGGAAAACAAACUGUACGAAGAAAUAAGACGUUAUCAUUCAAACGGGUUAAAUAAAUGAUAUUCAAAAUUAAAUACACAAUAACAUGUAUUGUAUAAAAUAUUUUAGUCUAACGGUUAAUG